AACUUGUCCUAAUCCUAUAAUACCCUUAAAUAUUUUUGCAUGAAUUUUAUUAGAAUAGUUUACUUUUUUUUAUAUUUUUAUAGAACUUUCUUUAUCUCAAAUACUUGGUGAAUAUGGUCCAAGUCGAGAUGCUAAUAUUCUCGAAGUGAAAUGUAAAAAUUUACAAGUUAUUAUAGAAAAAGUUCAUAGUAUUCGAGCAGUAGGUAGUGCAGCGUUGAAUUUAUGUUUAGUAGCUGAAGGUGCUUGUGAUGCUUAUUUUGAAUAUGGUGUGCAUAUUUGGGAUUAUGGUAAGAAAAAGACUAAUAUCAUAAUAUCGAUACAAUAUACUAUCCAUAUCUCAAAGAAUGGUAAUGAAGUGGAAGUUUUAUCAGAAGAUGAAUUAAUUCUACGUUCACGUAGAAGCCGAAUUGGACAAUCUAUUGAUUCUAUAUCAACUGAUAUUCUUCCGACGACUAAUACCGUUACUAAUUCUCAACUCAAUCUUCAUAUUAUUGAUUUUAAUGAUUUACAUAUAGGAGAUACAAUUGGUGUAGGUGGUUUUGGUCAUGUCUUUCAUGGUAAAUUUGGUGAUAUUGAUGUAGCCAUAAAGACAGCAAAAUCUUUUGCAUCAUUUUGUUCAAUUCAAACAACAACAACUUAUGAUGAUACAUCUGAUGCUGUACAAAAAACUCUUAUUGAUAGUCUUUUACGUGAAGCACGUCUUUUUUCUAAUCUUAAACAUCGAAAUAUAAUUCAAUUAUUUGGUGUUAGUCCAUCAUUAUCAACAAAAAAUCUUUAUCUUGUUAUGGAAUAUGCACAUGGUGGUGCAUUAAAUUAUCUUUUACGACAACGUCAAUCAGGUCUUUAUCCAAAUGUAUUUAUACAAUAUGCUAAACAAAUAGCUGAUGGUAUGAAAUAUUUACAUGAAGAAGCAUGUGAACAUAUAAUUCAUCGUGAUUUAAAAUGUUCAAAUAUUCUUAUCCUAGAACAUAUUAAUGAUGUUCACGAUGAUAGUGAUCUUUUACAAAAAACAUUAAAAAUAACAGAUUUUGGACUUGCUAGAAAACAAUUACAAACAUCAAGUGUAUCAACUGCUGGAACAUUUGCUUGGAUGAGUCCAGAAUGUAUACGUAAUACUGAAUUUUCAACAAAAUCAGAUGUUUGGAGGUGAAAUUUUGAAAAGAAAUAUUUAUUUUUAUUAGUAUUUUUUAUUUUAAUGAUAACUUGAU